AUCGGAUAUCAAUGCCUAUUUUACUUUCAAGCGUGCUUUUGGAGAAUACGUGGGGCACUUGAAAGCACCCCUACCCCCACCCACUCUUUUGUCAACCCCCUUACGUGACGUCUGUGAAGAGCUGAACGUUCAGCGCAGCAGUGAAGUAGUCCCACCACUACUUACCGGCUACAUGUGAGGGGGGGGGGAGAAACCUCCAGAGUAAAACCAAGCUGAGGGAAGAAACAAAACUAAGCAUUACAUUUUUACUGCAUAGUUUUUUCACCAAGACGUACGGUGUGUAAACAAGUGGAGCACUGAUGCCUGAGUGGAAAUUUGCACGAUUGGACGGAACGAUAAUGGAAUUUGUUAUCUCCUAACCUCGACGAGUAUCGUUAUCUUCUCGGCUAAGUUGUCUGAGUAUGCAAGAACCUGCAGACUAAUUGUAUACGCUGAACGAAACCUUGGUGAAAACUUGUUUACGAUGAGUAAACCAACGAUCUAAGCAAUUGGCUGAAGAACUGAGCACCAGGCAAGGGUUGGAUAAAUCAUCAUGGGAACCGUGAAAAGAUUUGGAAUUACAGGAGAAGAGCCGUAGACUUGCACAGGUUGUCCCGAAGGAUGUGUUUUUAAACCCAUGCUGCUGGGAAGACAAGAGGUGACAUGGCUAUGUAAAAUUCCACUAGAAAUAAAUGCUCUGCUGCCAUGCAUCUGGGGACGGUGCAUCACCAUCCAGUGUCAGCUGUGUGGACACUGCUGUCUCUCCUGCUGCUAGCCAUUGGCUGGCCAUUAAUCUCAUUACCCAGUGGCAUUGUCCAGGCCUCAGGCUCCUCCCCGGCUAAUUUUCAUCCCACCUUUGUCCGGAAUGACACUCUGUUUGAGCACUUGGCCCUGCAUCCUGACCCCACUGUGGGACGGGUAUAUAUUGGUGCCCGAGAUCACCUGUUUCAGUUGGAUCGAUUCCUCCAACCUGAACUCCAGGAUGACACUGGACCCGUCACAGACAGUCGGGAGUGCUUACCUCCUGUUACUGAGAGUAACUGCCCUCAGGCUAGGAUCACCAGUAACCACAACAAGCUCUUGCUGGUUGAUCCAUACUCCAUGGAACUUAUUACCUGUGGGAGCAUCAACCAAGGAAUCUGUCAGAAACGUAGUCUGGAUUCUGUGAAUAUGGUGCUUUUCUCCACCACAAGGCCGGUGGAUACCCAAUAUGUAGCAGCUAACCACCCCAAUGUUAGUACUGUCGGGCUUGUGGUUCAGCCACAUCCCGACAGACAGCCAGUGCUGUUUGUUGGUCGGGGUUACACCAGUAGCCAUCCACCUAUUUCCACAAGAAAUCUUGCCCAGGAACCCAUCUUUUCUUAUGAGGAGACCGCCAAGUUGGCUGUGGCUGGCCGUCUCUCAGAAUAUGACCAUCAUUUUGUGGCCUCAUUUGCCCACCAUCAGCAUGUGUACUUCCUUUUCUACAGACGGGACCUUAAGUCACAGUCACGAGAGUACCGAACGUACGUGUCUCGUGUAUGUUUGGACGACCAGUCCUAUUAUUCCUAUGUAGAAGUACCCUUGAUAUGCCAUUCCAGGUCAGGAAAAAUUUAUAACCUGCUGCAAGCUGUCCAGCUUGGGCUUUCCAAGAAUGGUGUGGUGAGUCAAGACUCAGAGAUUCUUCUUGGUGUUUUCUCCACUCGUUUGGCUUCAUCAACUCAGCCCAGUGAGGAUUCAGCCCUCUGCAUGUUUAAUCUUGAAGAUGUGGAUCGCAGGAUAAACUCCACCAGAGACCUGUGCUACACACAAUUGGGUAAAGAAGCAGGAGUGGAGGCAGCCUACAUUGAGUAUGAAGUCAAAUCCAACUGUGCCAACCUGCCAGAGAACACCCUGGAUGCGUAUCCCUGCGGCUCUGACCACACUCCCAGCCCAAUGGCCAGCAGAAUUGCUGUAGAGGCAGAAACCAUACUGGAUAGCCCAUCAGCCCGUCUCACUGCUGUGUCCGUCAGUGUAAGGGCAGGACACACUAUUGCCUUCCUGGGAGACUCCAAAGGGAACCUGCACAAGGUGUUCCUGGGUCCAAACGGCGAGGUGGAGGAGUACUCAGUCAUCUCCAUUCAGCAGAAUUCAGCCAUCAGCUCUGACCUCAUUCUUGACCAGAAAGAGGAAUAUCUCUUCAUCAUGACCCGUAACAUGCUGCAGAAGAGACCUGUGGCUGAAUGCCAGCAGCACCCUGACUGCCACUCCUGCCUGCUGGCUCACGACCCCUACUGCGGCUGGUGUGUCUUGGAGGGAAGGUGUGUGUUGCAGUCAGAGUGUGCUCGUGGGAACCAGCUAGGUCAGUGGCUGUGGAGCUUUGACAUGGAACAGCAGUGUCUGACCAUCCAGGACCUCAACCCUUCCAACAUCAGCAGAGAGGAGAGCAGGACAGUGUCGCUGACACUCCCAGGUCUUCCAGUGUUAGAGAAAGAUGAGUCUUACUCCUGCUUCUUCGAGGACAGCCAUAGUCCUGCCACUGUCACUAAAACUGGGGUUACCUGCCAUUCACCUGACACCAGCAGAGUACCCAUGGUGCCUCCAGGACAGGACUUUGUUACGGUCACAUUGUCUCUUCGUUUCGGCGACAUCACCGUCACAGCAAGGGAUUUCAUCUUCUAUGACUGCAUGGCUGUUAAGCAGCUGUCUGGCAGCAUGCCUUGCCGCGGUUGUGUUUUGAGCAAGUGGGGCUGUAACUGGUGUGUUCACCAACACUUGUGUACCCACAAGCCCACCUGUGAGGAGGGGGUGAUCAUCUACAACCAACACUUUGAACUCCCCACCUCAGCUCCUCCCCCAACUAAACCUAAUAAAGUCAUCACAACACCCAGUACCACAACAACUGCUCCAACAACCACCACUAUGUCAACCACCACAACUCCCUCUACGACAACAACAGCAACUCUUCCUACAACAACAACCACCAUAGCCCCUGUCACUGUAGCCCCCACUCAGGAGCCAACCACCCCUCCUAAGCCUACUGCUCCACCCACAACCACCAUCAGCCCUGAGCUGACCAACCCAUCCACUAUCUUAUCCCCUCAGCCUGCCACUACCCUGUCACCCACCACAGCAGCCCUGACCACACCUCCACCUCCAGAGGGCAUCACCAGGAAGGCAGAAGGGACUGAGGCAGGAGAGCUAGUCGUUGUCACCCAAAGUAACACCAAAGGUGCUGCAGUUACACCCAGUGUUGUCAUGGUAGCUGCAGAGUUGGUGCCUGUCACUAUGGCUGAUGGUCUAAGUGGAGAUCUGGAGCCUGCGAUGCCUCUCAUGAUCCCAGACUUUUCUCUGGAGGUGGUAACGGACUCGCCUCACACGGACACCGAUGAAGCUGAGGGAACGCUGAGCCCCACCGGGCAUCCCACACUGGCUUCAUCUGGCUUUCCCCCACUCACACUUAUCCCUGUGGGCAAACCAGCCACCUCUGAGCCCUCCCUCUACCUAGACCUGACCCAGACACCUAUCCCAAUGCCCACACAUGGCACAGAUGCAGAAAGCCCAGGUACUGACCCUGAGGUGCUCCUCUGGUCAAAGGAAGAAGUGGAUGACCAUGCUAAGGUUGCUGUCCAGUCAGAAAAUGACACAACCACAUUUUCAGCUGCCACUGUGUUAUCAGGUGAUGGUGAUGUUGACCACACCCCUCCAUCCUAUCACCUGUUGGACAUUGACUCAGAACUGGACUAUCAGUAUGAUCCAGCUGAUGCUGUCCUCCCGGGGGAUGAGGGCUCCUACAUCAGCUGGGGUUCCUCAGCUUGUCCCUGUGUGGAGAAGGUCCAGGGUUCAUCACUACUCCCUGUUAGAACAGAGAGGAAGAUCACUUUAAUGGCCCGCAACCUGCACCUCUAUCAGGACACAGAGCUGGACUAUGAGUGUGUGUUGGUCAUUGAAGGGCAGACAGUGGUGGUGGAUGCCUACGUGGAAACUGAUGAUAUGAAUCCAUUCGACUUUGACAUCACCUGUCAAUUACACCAGUACACAUAUUCAGCUCCAGUAGAAGAAUACAAUGCCAUGGUGUAUGUGAAGAGGAGGGACACGUUCCAUGUGGACAGCUCUACAGAUCUUUAUGUAACUCUAUACAACUGCUCUGUUGGCCGAUCUGACUGCAGCCGCUGCUAUACAGCUGAUGAGAAGUAUGGUUGUGUGUGGUGUGGCACUGUUCAGGCCAGUUGCUUGUAUUCAGACUCCUGCAGUGAACCUGUGCAGCACACGUGCCCUGCUCCUGUUAUACAUUCAAUUGAGCCUCUCUCCAGCCUGUUGGAAGGAGGCACCAUGGUGACCAUCUCAGGUUCUAACCUUGGCCAGAAGGCUGAAGAUAUCCUUGACUCUGUAUCAGUAGCAGGGGUGGCCUGCACUGUCAUCCCCCAUCUCUAUGAGGUCUCCUCUAGGAUUGUGUGCAGGACCCAAGCCAGUGGUGGAGAGAAGGUGGGCCCUGUCUCUGUUAAAGUGAGUGGAGGAGAGUUUGGCCUGUCCAGCCAGACAUUCAGCUACCAGGACCCAUUUGUGAUGGGGGUGUCACCUGAAAGGGGACCCAAGGCUGGAGGAACAUCCCUGACAAUCACUGGGCGAAACCUGCUGACGGGCCGCCCCUCUGACCUCACCAUCGCUGUCGGAGGAGUGCCCUGUAUCAUUGUAUCAGAAGUGCAGAGGUCAAGUGUUCAGUGUGUGACAGGCAGCAGCAAUAAGACAGGAGAUCAUCAGAUCACCCUGCAUUACGGCAGGAGCCAGCGUCACCUCCACACUUCACCCUACUGCUACACCCAAAACCCCAACAUCACCCAUGCCAUGCCAGCCAAGAGCUUCAUGAGUGGCGGUCGACUGAUCUUUGUGUCAGGCCACAAUCUGGACGUGGUACAGGAGCCCCGGAUGGUAGUGACAGUCACUCCCUUCGAGUCCAUCACCCAGAACAAAAUGAGGAGGAGGAGGAGGAGGAGGAGGAGGUGGAGUACAGAGCAGAGGGAGGACACACAGAGGACACUGGAAAGGCCGGUCAGGAUGGUUUCUGACCCUGUCUGUCCAGGAGACCCAGUCUGCUCUGUCAAACAGUUCAUGGAGCGCUGUGAGGUGAACUCCUCCUCCCUCAUCCUGUGCCGCUCUCCAAUGGUGGAUUCCUCCAUCUGGGGGUCAAAGGUCACAGUGGAAUUUCUGUUGGAUAACCUGCACUUUGACUUCAGCAGUGUGAACCCCCAGGCCUUCAGCUAUGAGUCCAACCCUGUCCUACGCCGUCUGAACCAGCAGGAACCUUUGAAGGCCUACAGAUACAACCCUGGCAGUUUCAUCCAGCUGGAGGGAGAAAACCUGGACUUGGCCAUCACUAAGGAAGAGGUGGUUGUGUUGGUCGGGGAGGGUGUAUGUGCUGUGAAGACUUUGACCAGAAACCAUCUCUACUGUGAGCCCCCACCUCAGCAGCCCGCACCAGGACCCAGCAGCAAGAAACGAGAGGGCGCUGACAAUCUUCCAGAGUUCACUGUCCAAAUCGGCAACCUGAACUUUUCUCUUGGUAAAGUUCUGUAUGACAACUUAAGCCUGUCUACCUUUCCCCUGGAGGCCCAGAUUGGAGUCGGAGUUGGGGCAUCCAUAGUGGCCCUCAUUGUCCUCAUUAUUGUGCUCAUCUACAGGAGAAAAAGUAAGCAGGCCCUGAGGGACUACAAGAAGGUCCAGAUCCAACUUGAGAAUUUGGAGACCAGUGUGAGAGACCGCUGCAAGAAAGAGUUCACAGACUUGAUGACCGAGAUGAUGGACAUGUCCAGUGACCUUGUGGGAUCAGGUAUCCCUUUCCUUGACUACCGGAUGUAUGCCGAACGCAUUUUCUUCCCAGGCCACCGAGAAUCUCCACUGAGGCGAGACCUGGAUGUUCAGGAGUGUCGAAGGCAGACAGUGGAGCAGGGGCUGGUGCAGCUCUCCAACUUACUCAACAGCAAACUCUUCCUCACCACGUUCAUUCACACACUGGAGAGCCAGCGGACUUUCUCCCCCAGAGACCGAGCUUAUGUGGCCUCCCUGCUGACAGUGGCACUUCAUGGCAAAUUAGAAUAUUUCACAGACAUCCUCAAAACUCUCCUGAAUGAUCUGGUGGAGCAAUACGUGGCCAAAAACCCCAAACUGAUGCUGCGACGAACAGAGACAGUGGUGGAGAAGCUGCUGACUAACUGGAUGUCAAUCUGCCUGUACGCUUUCCUCAGGGACUCAGCAGGAGAGCCUCUCUACAUGUUGUUCAGGGCCAUAAAGCAUCAGGUAGAUAAAGGACCAGUGGAUGUUGUAACCGGCAAGGCCAAGUACACCCUCAAUGACAACCGCCUGCUGCGAGAAGAUGUGGAGUAUAAAACCCUGACUCUGAAUGUGUUAGUGCAGGGUGGAGGACUGAAUGAGACCCAGCCACUGCCCUCGAAAGUGCUUGACUGUGACACCAUCACACAGGUGAAAGAGAAGUUGCUGGAUCAGGUGUUCAAGGGCACAUUCUUCUCCCACCGACCCCAUGCUGAUUCACUAGACCUGGAGUGGAGGUCUGGUGUUGCUGGCCAUCUCAUUCUGUCAGACGAAGAUUUAACAUCUGUGGGUCAGGGCAACUGGAAGCGACUAAACACACUGCAGCACUACAAGGUCCCAGAUGGUGCAACAGUAGCGCUGGUCCCUCGCCACAACAAACACAUUCAUCACGACAACCAUGAUUACGUAGCAGGAGAGAAAACACCAAUGCUGGAGGAUGCAGAUGAGGGUGGAGUGCGGCUGUGGCAUCUGGUGAAAGCCAGCGAGGAGCCUGAGCUGCCCAAACACCGCAGAGGUAGCUUGAGGGAGAGAGAGAGAGCCAAGGCUAUCCCUGAGAUCUACUUGACCCGCCUACUGUCCAUGAAGGGCACCUUGCAGAAGUUUGUAGAUGAUCUAUUCACAGUGAUCCUUAGCACCAGCCGUCCUGUCCCACUGGCUGUCAAAUAUUUUUUUGACCUGCUGGAUGACCAGGCAGGACAACAUGGCAUCUCUGACCCGGAGACAAUCCACAUUUGGAAGACUAACAGUCUGCCUCUGCGCUUCUGGAUCAACAUUUUGAAGAACCCCCAGUUUAUAUUUGAUGUCCAGGCAUCGGACCAUGUGGACGCUGUGCUCUCUGUCAUCGCCCAGACCUUCAUGGACUCCUGCACCAUUGCUGAGCACAAAUUGGGACGGGACUCUCCCAUCAACAAGCUGCUGUAUGCCAGAGAUAUUCCCCGAUACAAGCAGAUGGUAGAAAGGUACUAUGCUGACAUCAGGCAGACCAUCUCAGCCAGUGACCAGGAGAUGAACUCUGCACUGGCUGAACUGUCCAGGAACUACACUGGAGAGCUGAAUUACCUGGUUGCACUGCAUGAGCUCUACAAAUACAUCAACAAAUACUAUGAUCAGAUCAUCACGGCACUGGAGGAGGACACCACAGCCCAGAAGAUGCAGCUCGGCUACAGGCUGCAGCAGAUCGCUGCUGCAGUGGAGAAUAAAGUCACUGACUUGUGACAGAGGAAACAUCUGCCAGUGUCACAGCAAAAAGAGUGGGGUGGGAGUGUGGGAGGCAAAUUAAACUUGCAGCCCGCAGGUUGAACUGAAAAGCAGGAGUGCAAUGUAUAGAUAAAUGGGAAUAUAGACAGACUUCCUUUUCAAGAGGAAAGGUGAGAGACGAGCUGCUGUGAGUUUUUUUUUUUUUUAUUUUUUUUAACUUAAUUCAGGUCAGAAGAUUGAAGGUGGCAUUAAAGGUCAUAUCCCAGCACCUCUUUUGGUGGAUGCAUUUAUGCAGUUCAGAGGGAUAGAUGGACACCGAAUAAACCUAGAAAAGGAGGGGGGGACAUAUAAAAGACACCACUCCAGCCCACUGCCAUGCUGUUUAUGAAGAGACCUUUGGAAACUGAGUGUUAUGUCGGUACAAAACAUGCUGGACUUGUUAUCUUACACAGCAGCUCUCAUGUAUAAAGGUCCAGCUGGUUCUCAGUCAGCUGACUUGAUCUGAAGACUUAACAAAGGGGGAUUUUAUAAGAGUAUUUUCCCUCUGGAGUAAAUUUUAAGAUGAGGUACCUCUCAUAUCUUCUGUGUUUUUACGUUGCUGUAUUCUCAGAAGUAAUUUAUAUGUGUGUGUGUGCGUGCACACCCCAUGUUGCCCUGGUUUUCAGUCUACAUCUUAAAUUUCUGGUUACUACAACAAAGUUUUGAAGUAACUGGUUUUUAUAUUUUGGAUGUUACAGGGAGCAGUAUUUUGAAAAUACAGUGAACUGAUCCUCAAGAUAACGUUUUCACGUUUAAGAGGGAAACCAUGACCACAAUAUUGUUGACUUCACUCAAAGCAAAUUACUGGGUUUUAUAUGUCACUGCCAUUCUCUACCUCACCCACUGUGCUGUAUCAGUUUCUCUCUUUUUCUGUGACAUUAUUGACCCUAACAAAAACACUACUAGGUACCUUUCCAUCAGGUGAAACUACCAGGUCAGCAGCACAGCUCAGAUGAUAUAAAGUAACACCUGCUGGACAUCUCAUUUGGAGUGGUACACACACACACACACACACACACACACACACACACACACACCGAUAUUCCAGACAUUUCUCGUUCAUUAUUUUCUUUCCUUUGUUAAAGACUGGGAGAUAGAACCUGCUCGUUGCAGUGUUUUAAGGUAGUUCAAUCCAGAUUUAGUGAAAGCUUUCUCUGUUUUGCUUUCUGGCUUUUCUACUUGUUCGUGUGGAUGUUUGUAUAGUGUACAAGUCACUGGAAAGAUGGUAGAGGAAAAUCAAAAAUCCUUCCAUACAGAGAUGAAGUGGAAUGUUAGUGUGUCAUAGUAUUUCACUGUGCGAUUCUAUUUUGUAUAUUUUACAACAUUCCUUUUAGGUUUUGAACAAUGUAUUAAAUCAUGGUUCACUUUGUUCUCCUUUGAACAUUGGUAUUGACAUCAUGCUUGGUAUAGAGUUCUUGUAUUAAACACAAGGUGGCACUUCUUUAAGUGCCAAAAGGUCUGUAUGGCAUUUAAUGUCAAGUUGUUACAGUUACAAAUUAAUUAUACUAUUGCUGGUUCAGUAGGUAUAGUUGACCUUGUCAUGCUGUUCUGCUUCAGUUGGAGCACAGAGACUUUUCAUACAAAAGCUAAUGAUUGCUAAUAUUUUUCUUAUUUAAAUGGAAAAGAUUUAGAUAAACUUUUAGGUAACACUUAAUUUUAGGCUAUACUUAUUCACCAUCAACUAGUUGCUCCUUACCAUGCAGGCUCUUUAUUAGUUAUUAUAAAGCACUUAUUAAUUCCUUAUUCUGCAUGAUCAUAUUCUACAGUUACUACGCCAUUAACUAAGAGCUUUUGCUUCAAUAACCUGCUAAUUACUGUUUAUUGACAGUAAGUAAGAAAGUUGUAAUAUGCUUUGCUCAAUAUGGAGCUUGUAAAGUAGUAUUAACAUUGGAAAAGUAUUCUCCCUUAUUAACACUUGAUAAAUACGGUCUGUUUUUACAUAACAAAACACAAAACUACAAGUGUUAAUGGUAUCCAAAUAAGUCUAAAUUAACUCUCUGUAACUCAGAAUAUUUUCCCUGUUCUAAAGUGAGGUCUUGAUAAUAAAUCAUUUGUUAGUAGUUUGACACCUAUUAAUCCACACAGGUUCUCUAUUCUUAGGUUUCCUCUUCUUCACACUUAGUAAACCGUUUAUAGCACAUAACAACUGCAAUCAGCAGACCGUAUUCUUACAUGAUGGGUUACACCCUGAAAAAAAUGGAGGUCUAUUGAGAUUCACAGGUUCUAUUUCCAUUUAAUGAUAGAAGAACAAAAGUCAGCACAGUAGAAUUUUGUUUUUUAUUAAUGGAUUACUUCCAACAUUUUCAAACAGAUAUAAAAUAUUUUUUCCUCGAGGCUAAGAACAAAUGUACUGCCUAAAUAUAUGUAUACAUAUGUAUGAUUUUCAACUGACUGGGCUUUUUGGUGUGUAAAAUAUCAAACAGAUUUUCAACCAUAUCUCUAUGUAUGAUGCUAUACAAUAAACACAACUGAAAAUUGCCAAUCGUACUUACAACUUGUAAGUAUGACUUACUUGCUGACUCAGCAUUUGCACUAAUAACUGAACAAAGAUUAAAAAAAAAACCUUCACAGGCCAUUAUGAACUUGCACUUAAGUUAUGAUCAAGACCUCAUUUUAAAAUAGGGAACAUAUUCUGAGUUAAUUUAGACUUAUUUGGACACCAUUAACACUUGUAGUUUUGUGUUUUGUUGUUUUGUUUUGUGUUUACCUUACCUACUAUCAAUAAACAGUAAUUAGGAGGUUAUCAAGGGAAAACGCUUAGUUAAUGGCCUAGUUGCUGUAGAAUAUGAUCGUGCAGAAUAAGGGAUUAAUAAGUGCUAUAUAAUGACUAAUAAGCAGCCAAUAUGCAUGCUAAUAAGCAACAAGUUAAUGGUGAAUAAGUGUAGCCUAAUAUAAAGCGUUACUACUUUUAGAGUAUGGUUGGGGGUCACAGAGAUUUCUGAAUGGGUUCAGGGGAAUGCAAAAGGAAAUCCAUGUCGACUGGGAAAUGGACUUUGACAUAGGACAGGUACGACCAGGUACGACUCAAGCGCCCAAGGCAUUGACCUGGUUGGCAAAUGCACCAGAUCUCCAAUCCAAUCAAUCAGAUUGAAAUCUGGUGAGUUUUGGAGGCCAGAUCAGUGCCUUGGGCUCUUUGUCAUGUUCCUCAAACCAUUUCUGAGUAGUGUGUUGGGCACAUUGUCCUGCUGGGAAACCCCUACCGUUGGGAAGCAUUGAUGCCAUGGGCUGUGCUUGGUCUUUAACAAUGUUUUGGUGAGUGGUGUCAAGUCACAUCCAGAUGAAUGUCAGGGCCCAAGGUUUCCUAGCAUCGUUGUAAUGAGUAAUGAAUGCUAUUCACUUAAUCUGUCAGUGGUUUUAAUGUUGUGACUGAUCACCAAUGGUUUAUCACUACACAAGCAGCUAAUGACGCAAAUGCAUAGAUGGUUUGCUCUGUCAUACAGUAUCAAUUCAGAUGGGAGUAAAAGCUCAGUGAUGAUAUAGACAAGCCACCCCGAGGGGCAACUAUUAUUGGGCUGUAUAAAUUUGGCAGUAGAAGAGGCUUGCAAGAAGCAAUUUUAAGGAUGUUUCAUAUUUUGUGUGUUAAUAUCAUACUGAUUUCAAAUUUAACUGUAGUGACUUAACUUUUUUAAUAAGAAAGGAUGUGAAUUCUCACAUACUGAGGUAAUAAAGUAUUCUUAAAAUGA